AAAAGGCUGGACGUCGGUCGUAGGCUAUUUUGUUUAUUCCAGCAACCAAUAGCCUGAAAUCGUAGGUUACUUGAUUAAUAGCUAAAUAGAUACAGCAGUCUAUGCUACAGUGUGACUGAAUGAAUCAGAUCGGAAGGAUCUUCUCUGACCAGCCGACAUGUAACUUCCUCUAGUAUACUAGUUCCUUCCUUCCUAUGGCAUUACAGUCAGUGCACACUCAGCAAAUGUUACUGUUGUCUUGCACUUGACAUCACCGGCAACGAUGAGAUCAGAAUUUAGCACUGUGUUUAGACCUGCUCAUAUGAGCAUCGUUUUAUUAAGUUUCUUUUGUUUUAACGUGUUUGCUCUCAAGUCUCAACUUUUAUCGAGACGUGGCGUUUUAGAUUUCACGUCUGAAAAAGGGGUCGCGAUCACCUAUAAAACGUUGUAUUAUGAACAAAAGAUCGAUCACUUUGGUUUCCUGGAAGAUGGAACAUUCAAACAAAGAUACCUUGUUUCUGAGCAGCACUGGCACCAUAAAGGAGGUCCUAUACUUUUCUACACUGGCAAUGAAGGAGACAUCACAUGGUUCUGCAACAACACUGGUUUCAUGUGGGAUGUUGCGGAGGAGUUGGGUGCCAUGCUAGUCUUUGCAGAACACCGCUACUAUGGUGAAUCCAUGCCUUUUGGUGUUGACUCCUACAGUGACAGCAAACACCUGAACUAUCUGACAUCAGAGCAGGCACUGGCCGACUUUGCUGUUCUGAUCAGAGAGCUGAAGAGGACAGUGGUAGGAGCAGAGGAGAGCCCUGUCAUUGCUAUUGGGGGAUCUUAUGGUGGUAUGCUUUCUGCCUGGAUGAGGAUGAAAUAUCCUAAUGUUGUAGUUGGAGCUUUGGCUGCAUCUGCUCCAAUUUGGCAGUUCCCUAAUAUGGUACCCUGUGGAAACUUCUAUAAAAUAGUCACAGAAGAUUUUGCCAGGAGUGGACUGAAAUGCGAUGUUAACAUCAGGAGAUCGUGGAAGGCCAUUGAUAAUAUCUCCUCCACUGAUGACGGUCUUCAGUGGCUGUCUCGGGAGUUCAGCUUAUGUUUCCCACUUAAAAAGCAGGACUCAGCUGGCUUCAAGUCCUGGCUUCAAGAGACCUGGGUGAAUCUAGCCAUGGUAGAUUAUCCCUACGAGGCCAACUUCCUCCAGCCACUUCCUCGCUGGCCCAUACAGGUGGUCUGUAAGUACCUUCAUUUGGAUGCCACUGUGUCUGACUACCAGCUACUGCAGGGCAUCUCCCAGGCUGUGAAGGUCUACUACAACUACACAGGAAACACAGCCUGCCUCAACACAUCCCAAACUGCCACUGGAAACCUAGGCCUCAUUGGCUGGUAUUAUCAGGCCUGUACAGAGAUGGUGAUGCCUAUGUGCACUGAUGGGGUCCAGGACAUGUUUGAGCCUCAGGAAUGGAACUUCCAGGCCUUCUCAGAUGAGUGCAAUAACCUGUUUGGAGUGAGGCCACGGCUUGACUGGGCUCACAUUGUCUAUGGGGGAUUUGACAUUUCCUCUCAUAGUAACAUUGUUUUCAGUAAUGGGGGUCUUGACCCAUGGUCGGGGGGAGGAGUGACCCAAAGCAUCUCUGCUUCUCUGGUUGCCAUAGUAAUUCCUGAUGGUGCCCAUCAUUUGGACCUGCGCUUCAACAAUGAAUAUGAUCCUCAGUCUGUACUGUCAGCCCGCGCACUGGAAGUGGACUACUUUAAACACUGGAUCUUACAGGCCAAAAAAGCACCUUGAUUUUCCUAGUCCCCCCCGCCCCCCCGCCAAUAAAUACAAAAAACUGACAGAAUGAGCUGAUGACUUCCCAUGUUUUACUGUCUUAAAUUGCUGACCACCAGCCUGUGCCAAAGUUUUCUAUGCCUGAUUGCUUUUUAAGUCAGUUUGAUGAAUGAGAUGAACUUUAAUUGUUUUUGUGACUUUUAAAUCCGUGUACCUUCUGGCCUGUCCUCCAACAUACAUGUACAGUUAAAUUAGUUCUUGCUGUACAUGCAAUUUCUUGCAAGAGACUCUCAGGAUUAUGAAAUAAAUGUUUACUGUUGAAAUAAGUCAAGAAAUUACCUCCAAAGGUUUUUAAGAUAAUUAUAAACAAAUUGUCAUU